AUGGUGAAGAAUUCAGAAACUUCGCAAUCAGAGAAAGAAGAACCCAGUAAAUUUCCGUACAGGCAAGCAGUUAAUGCUCUGAUGUAUCUUAUGGUAGGCACAAGGCCUGGCUGUAUUGAAUAUCGAAAAGAUUUUAAGAAAGGAAUUCUAGAAUGCUUUAGUGAUGCAGAUUUUGGUGGAUGCAAAAGUACUGGAAGAUCAACUUCUGGAGUUGUAAUCAAUUAUGCAGGUGGAGCUAUUUCCUGGCUUAGUCAAAGACAAGCAAUGGUUUCAACAUCCACAACAGAAGCUGAAAUCGUAGCAGCGAACGAAGCAACAAAGAAAAUAAUUUAG